CCUUCCAAACUGAUUCUUAAUUCCAUCUGAAGUCUCGAACUUCUGAUGUCACUCAUGAGUCUGGUUCAACGGUGAUUUCAAAAGAUCCAUUUGAACUGCUGGCAAUGUUUAAGGUGUCGGUCCCAACGCGCAUUGGGAAUUCUGGCCAAAGGGGAAUUUGUGAGUUCCCCAUUCCUGCUGUGUGAAAAAAAGGUUUGGAAAGUGCAAUGAGACAGACUAUUUACAGAUGUGCAAUAAUGGCUACCGCAGUGGCCAUUUGUCCAAUAAAUGAAACAUAAAUCACGGUGGCCAAUGAUGCACUGUAGCAGCCAAAGUUAAUUUUCCAAGCAGUAAUUCAGUUUUCUCGUCAUAAAAAGUAAACAAACAAAAGACAAAGAAAUAAAAAGGAAAACUCCAGUGGCUGCCUCUCCUUUGCUGAUAUAAAAACGUGGCCUUUAGGGGGAGAAUUUGGGAUAAGGCCAAAAUGUGUACUGUCCCUUUAAAUGGGCUUCUGCAUCCGGGUCAUCUCUGUCAUUUCCUCUGACAGUCCGACAGGCUGCUGCCGAUGACAACACCCCCCGACGGGCUUGUUCACGAAGGGUUAACGGGUACCAAACACGAUUUUCCGUCUCUGUUAAAGUAAAACGCCGUUAUUACAGAGCAGGUGUGCUGCUGCUGGCCCUCGGUUCAUGAUGGCCCAGAAUCAAGUGAUCCUGCAGUUCCACUUCCCCACUUUUGGGGACUCCAUGCUGCAGAAGAUGAACCUCUUGCGACACCAGAAACGCUUCUGUGAUGUCAACGUGCGCGUCAACCAGCUGGAGGUCUCUGGUCACAAGGUAGUGUUUGCGGCCGGCUCCUCUUUCUUGAGGGACCAGUUCAUCCUCCAGCAGGACUCCAGGGAGGUCCAGAUCUCCAUGAUCCAGGAGGCGGAGGUCGGCCGGCAGCUGCUGCUCUCCUGCUACACGGGUCAGCUGGAGUUUCCCGAGCUGGAGCUUGUGAAUUACCUGACGGUGGCCAGCUUCCUCCAAAUGGGCCACAUUGUGGAGCAGUGCACUCAAGCUCUCAACAAGUUCAUCAAGCCUCUGUCUACGCGCCAGCUGGACGUGGACGUGGGUAUGAAAGAGGAGGGUUCAACCUCCCAGGUUCAGAGAGAGAAAGAGCGCUCCGAGGUUCGGACUGCUCCUCGGGAUGAGGAGGAGGUGAUGCAGAAUGGGAACGACGACAAUAACGACGACCACGGCAGCAGCGAUGUGGACGACGGCAGCGAAGACGACGACGGUGACGACGACGUGAUCAUACAGCCUACGUCCCCCAUCCAGACCGCAGGCAAACGCAGGAAGCAGGGUGUGGUGGAGAGCGACAUCACCAUAGUAAAAGUGGAGUCUGUGUCCGACGUUGCCGAAAACUCCAUCACCGGUAGCCUGCUGACCAGUCCCGCUGUCCCCCCUGCUCUCCACUCUCCCGCGCCCCAGCACUCUCUCAUUAACUCCACCGUGGACAGUCGCGGCAGUGAGAUGGCGGUUCCGCCCGGCGCGGCCGGAUACCCGCUCAGCCCCCUUCCUGCUGAGAAACACGGCGUGCACCAGAGGAACUACGACAAACCGCUGCAGUGGUACCACCAGUGCCCCAAGUGCGCCCGGGUCUUCCGCCAGCUGGAAAACUACGCCAACCACCUCAAGAUGCACAAGCUGUUCAUGUGCCUGCUGUGCGGCAAGACGUUCACGCAGAAGGGCAACCUGCACCGGCACAUGCGCGUCCACGCCGGCAUUAAGCCCUUCCAGUGUAAAAUCUGUGGCAAGACCUUCACCCAAAAGUGUUCUCUGCUGGAUCACCUGAACCUGCACAGCGGGGACAAGCCGCACCGCUGCAACUACUGCGACAUGGUUUUCGCUCACAAGCCGGUUCUCCGCAAGCACCUCAAACAGAUCCACGGGAAGAACAGCUUCGACAACGCCAACGAAGGCAACCUGCACGAAGGCGGGCUCGACUUCGAUUUUGGAUAGAUUACAUCUGUGGACCUUUUUUAGCAGCCAUGUUGAUUGGCAAUAGUCAUUUGUUUGCUUUCCUUUGGGUGGAACUUUUGUUAUUUUAAAUCAGUUCAAGAAGGCGACGCAGUGUGUACUCUACGAGUGUCGGAUGAGCCAACAUGAUGGCCGGUUUCCAAUAAUUUCAGCCUCGUCCCGAUGGGUUUAACUGGAGAAUGUACACAUGAAGCAAGAUGUUUUCCUUGUCUACAUGUCACUGUUGCUUAAUUUCAUUUCUAGAUUUUGUUCUCGUAGAGGCCUUCAUAUCGUACUUGAAAAUUCAACACUGAAACACAAAACCUAAUGACUGUAUUUCAUUAGUUUAAUUGAUGAAUUAACAUGUCUGUGUCCAUGUUUAACACUGAAAAAUAUCCAUAUGUGUAUAUAUACAGUCUACUGUAGCCUUUCAUUCUUGCCUGUGGGAAUAUGACACUAUGGACUUCAUAACUUAUUUGCUUGAUGGAAGGUGGGGUUGAAAAAAUAUUUAAUUGAAGGCGAGCUACAUCCGUGAUAAAUGGGAUGCCAAAGUAUCUAUAGGACCUGAAAGGGUUCUUUUAUACAGACUUUAUAUCCACGGUACUUUUGGACCAAAGUGGCAAUGUAUCUUGUCAUGUUUCAUGGAAGCCAAUGUGUAUCAAGACAUUAAAAAACGAUUCUUAAUCAA